UUUUUGUUUUUGUUACCUAAAUUCACAAUCUUGAAAUGAACGUAAGAGUUGGUUAACACCACUUAACCAAGUAGAAAAUUGACACUAUUUCAUUGAAGACUUUACAAUAAUCCCCUAAAUUCCCCAAAAUUUUAAAAAAUAAUCUAGGGUUAAAUUCCCAAUUGAAUUCUACAAAUCUUAAACUAUACACCAACAAUGGCAGUCAAAGGGAGACACGUAAGAGGUUUAUCUCGGAAAUCCUCGAAUUCCACACUGAUUUUUGCCCUUUUUAUUGGGUUGUGUUUUAUGGUGUUGAUUCUUCUCGCUUUUGGAAUUUUUUCAAUUCCUUUUACUUCAAAAGGAUCUCGAAAAGUUCAUGACCUUAGCUCAAUUGCUCAUAAUUCAGCUGAAAGAAUAGAUGGUGGUGGAAAAGGAGAUCAGUGGGUUGAAGUGAUUUCUUGGGAGCCAAGAGCUGUCGUCUACCAUAACUUCUUGUCAAAGGAAGAAUGUGAAUAUCUGAUUAAUCUCGGCAAGCCUCAUAUGAAGAAGUCAACUGUUGUUGACAGUGCUACUGGUAAAAGUACAGACAGCAGGGUUCGAACAAGUUCAGGAACAUUUCUUGACAGGGGACAAGAUAAAGUAGUCAAGACUAUAGAGAAAAGGAUUGCAGAUUUCACCUUUAUACCAGUAGAGCAUGGUGAAGGUCUUCAAAUUCUCCACUAUGAAGUGGGUCAAAAGUAUGAGCCACACUAUGAUUACUUUUCGGACGAGUUUAAUACUGUAAAUGGUGGUCAACGCAUUGCCACGGUUUUGAUGUACUUAUCAGAUGUUGAAGAAGGGGGAGAAACUGUAUUUCCUGCUGCCAAGGGAAAUUUUAGUGAGGUUCCUUGGUGGAAUGAGCUAUCUGAAUGUGGAAAAGGUGGGCUCUCUGUAAAACCGAAGAUGGGUGAUGCUUUGCUUUUCUGGAGCAUGAGGCCUGAUGCUACUCUCGAUCCUUCAAGCUUGCACGGUGGGUGCCCCGUGAUUAAGGGUAACAAGUGGUCAUCUACGAAAUGGAUGCGUGUUCAUGAAUACAACAUUUAACCUACAUUUAAAGUGUCUGGGUCAACUUGUGCGCUCCUCGACUAAUUCAACAGGAUACCUGCCACCUCCCAUCAACAUGUACCAGGUCAUUCUCUCCACCAAGGCUAGGAAGGGUGGGAAGAAGUCGGCAGAACGAACAUUUUAUGACGGCAUACUAUGUAGACCUUAUUUAUGAGUAUAAACAACACCCUUUGAGUGAGAAGAUGAUUAUUUUUCAGAAAAUGUAGUAUUAGCUCCUCAGAGAAACAUUAAACUCAUGAGCAUAGACUACCUAGAUUUCCUUUGUGAGAAUAUACACCCUUUGAGCCAGAAGAUGAAUACUUCUAGGAAAUGACCUCCCUACCACGAAGGAUAUAUAUGACGAGGUCGUACCCUGGCAUAUAUAAUGAGGAAAAGAAUCAUCUAAGUCCAAGGCAAGAAUUACCCCAAUAAUAACAAUUAUGGAGUUGAACCUCUAAUAUGUGACAGAACUGUUUCAUCAUUCUCUUCACAUAGUGAAAAUAGCAAUAGGAAUGUGAUUCCCAAGUUUCUGGAAACCCCUUUUAGAGUUAAUAAUUGUUCGAGGUGGCGUGGAGUAAUAUUUAAAACACAUACACUCUGAGCGUAGAGCAGCGAUGUGUCUGUAGUCUGCUUCCCUAGUUACUAUAUAGGUCCGCCAUGGUCCUAUGCCAAGGUAAAGGAGGACCAUUGAGCCUUAAUUUUUUUCGGUGUGACUAGCACGGGCAUUUCUUGGAUAUUUGUUCAUUUAUCUUUGCUCUAGCUCUUUUUAUUAGUUGAUUAAGAGCCACAUUUCCUUGCACAUUACAAACUUUAGUUGCCUUCUAGAAUAGCGGUGCAACUUUAGCAUGACUGCAUGAGAUCCUUGGCAGGUCCAACAGCAACACCAUACUUGGUGUAGUCCCACUUUGUGGGAUCUGGGAUGGGUAGAGCUAAGUUGCUCGGACUCUCCAAAAACGUUGCCGCACCCGUGUCGAAUCCUUCAAAAAUACACUAUUUUUGGAGGAUCCGACACGCACCCGUAGACAUUUUUGAAGAGUCCGAGCAACUUAGGGGUAGAGUGUAUGCAGCCUUACCAGUAAGUCAGAGGUAGAAAGACUAUUUCUGUCUUUCUGAUAGAUCAGGUCCAUUAUGCAGCCUUACCAGUAAGUCAGAGGUAGAAAGACUAUUUCUGUCUUUCUGAUAGAUCAGGUCCAUUUUCUUUAUUACUCAUCCACCCGUCCUAAAUUUGGUUUCAGUUAUUCUCCUAGCUGAGGUAAGAGGUUGAAAAUAGACUAUUCAUUUAUGUGUAUAACUCCUAAACUUGAGCCGGGUUCUAUCGGAAACAACCUCUCUACUUCAUCUGAGGUAGUGGUAUGGAUUGCGUACACUUUACCUUCCCCAGACCCCACGUUGUGGGAAUACACUGGGUAUGUUGUUGUUGUAUAACUCCAAAACUUGUCUAUCAAUAACUUAUUCAUUCGUCAUCCAUAGUGGAUCUAUCGUGUAGAUUAUCGAGUUCUUUAAAUU